AGCAGAACCCUGGGAUCAUGACCAGAGCCACCCAGGCGUUCCCAAUUGCUCCCAUUUUACACGGAGGUAGCUGAGGUCCCGAGCACACAAGUCAACGGUACAGCAGGGAGGUUAAGGCAAACGUUGUGAUUCUAUACCUGCGCCCCUAAACACCUAGCUGCGUCCCUGCACUAAGUCCAUCAUCCCUGGACAGCUCUUAAAAGUCUCUGUUCUAAGCAUCAAGCGAUAAGACCCGGGGGCUCUACGGCUCCUCAGUGGUCCCGGGAAUACGGGUCCUCGUCCCCAGGGCAGGCUUCGCCCGCCGGUGCAGGGCCGGAACGUGCCUGCUGGGAUGAUUCCAGACGGGGAGGCAGACGUGGAGCAGGCCGAAACGCUGCGGCGGGACUCUGGGUGGGAACCACCUCUCCGGCUGCGUCCUGUUCCCGCCCCUCAGCCCCGGCAGCGAGGCGGGGCUCGGGUCGGGUUGGGCCCCCACCGGGAGUGGUAGCCCGCAGCGGGAAGCAGCCGCCGCCCGGGCCGCAAGGGUAGAGGCGAGGCGGGGCGGAGCCGGGCGCGCCGGGAAGGGGAGGCAGCGCAGGCCGGGUUGCAGCCGCCGCCGCCGCCGCGCACUGAGCGCCGUGAUGGGGCUGGAGACCGAGAAAGCAGACGUCCAGCUCUUCAUGGACGACGAUGCCUACAGCCGCCAUAGCGGCGUCGACUACGGGGACCUGGAUAAGUUCGCGGACUCGGGCUCCGAUCGGGAUCCCCACCGGCUCAACUCGCAUCUCAAGGAUUAUAAUGCCUUUUGUAAAGACCUGCCUAAUGGUCCUGCCUUCGGUGCAGACAAUAUGGAAGACUAUAACAGAUGUUGUCAUUGCCCCAUUGUGUACAAGUGUAGGACGCAGCUUCUCUUCUAUCAGCUUGCAACUGAGUCACGACUAAACACUUGGAUCCCAGGUCUGGGGAUUUGGAUACUGUAAUACUUCUUGACUGUCAUAAUGUAAAAGCACUACUGUUCUGUUCUAAGUGUUCCCAACUGUUCUAAUUAAGAAAAUUUUUAAGAUUGGGCAAACACAUGUAGAAAUGUUUAUUGGCAGAUCUUUUCAAAUAAUGCUUUUCUAAUUAAUAGUCAAGGAUUUAAUAUAUAACUUUAGAGCCAGAAUUAUACAGUAGGUUGGCAACACUUAAUUUUAAAGGGAGACAGUUUUUACUUUAGUACAAAAGUAUACAUUUUAUAAUGAUGAAUUUAUAAAGAUCAAGAGACAUUUCUCGAACACUUUAAUUUUUUUGCACAACUGCCUAUAAAAAUAUGGAAUUUCUUAUUUUUUUACUCUGAAAGUAAUACUUUUAAAAUUACCUUUGCAGAUAAAGUCAUGGGAAUACUUACAGAAAAAAAAUACAAAGAUCCUAGAAAUUAUAGUAACAAAAGCAUGCAGUGGUGAUAGGAGCUAUGAAAUAUAAUAG